AUGUAUGCAUUAAAAAGUUUAUUAUUCCAAUUAUUUUUUUUUUUCUUCUUGGAAGUAUGCACUUAUAAGUUCACAAAUGGAGUUCCAAUAGUCUCUGAAGCCAAGGUUGAUGCAGAAACCCCUCUGCUUACAAGUUCAGAUGAUUGCUCUAAAAAUCCAUGUGCCUGUUGUUCUGAUAAGUUACUAUCCAUGGCAGAAAAAUAUUCUAAAUCAAACGGAGGUGAAAAUUCUGAGUGUUCUUCAUUUUUAAAGAACCUAUUUUGUACUCUAGCAUGUAACGAAGAGUCUUCUGAUAUUGGAACCCUCUCGAAUGAAAUCAUGGUUUUGUCUGUAUGUGAAUUGGAAUGCCCAGAAAUUUUGAAAAAAUGUCCGACUAGCAGCUCUAAGAUUGAAAACAAAAAUAUAGUGAGCACAACAGAAGAUGAAGAGGAAAAGGAAGACGACAAUGAGGAACCAGAAAAUAAUACAGAAAAUAUCAACAGGAAGCAAAUCGAAAAAAAGGAGGAAGUUGAAAUACCAAUAUCUAGCAAUAGAACUGUGAUUUCAAACCAUUUUUCAGAACUGAAAAAUAUGGAGAAGAUAAUCAUUGGAUCUUCUGGAGCUCCAGGACUAUUAAAUUUCGAUGAUGAGAAAUCAGAAUGUUCAAUAAUUAGUGUUCCAAGCAUGCAAACAACAAAGUCUUCAAAAUACUCUUUGGCGUUUAUUCAAGCAAAUAAUAGCACCAAAAUAUGUCUAAAUUCCACCGGAGGAUUUAAGUCAAUGACCAAAAGUGUUCCAAUAUUGAAAUCAGAAUCAAGUUCCAGUGCAAGCACUGCGAGUUCUCAAUCUUCUCAGACAACUAAAGUAGUUCCGGUUACAUCCAGUUCCUCAGGAAAUGCUCCUUUAACUGAAGAAGAAACAAAAUGUGGAUUCUGCUUUACCAGAUGCUGUUGCUGGCCGGUUUGGAGUGGAUCUAUUAUAUCCUUCGUGGCCUAUUUGGUAAUGGCAUUCUUAGCUAUAUAUUGGCAGUCAGCCUUGUUCUCUCUUGGCCUCAAGUCAAAUCAUUUCUGGAAAGGAGGAGGAUACUGGUUAGUGGGAAGUGGAGGUCUUGGUGUCUUUGUUGGUAUGAUUGUCGGGGGGCUUGUUUCAUCCUGCUUUGCUGGAGCGCUUUCACUUGGUGGAUCUCUCUCAAAUCUCUUCAUGUCGGUACUGUUGGUCGGCAGGCUCGGAGCAGCCUUAGGAGGUAUUGGUGGCCUAGGAACAGGAGCUUCUAUUGGUCUUAUGGCUCACUCUGGAACAAUUUCAUGGGUUAUAGGUUUGAUAUUAGGCCUUCUAUUGGGUCUUGUUGUUGGGUUUUCACCUAUAGCUAGAUCCAUUAAGAUGAAUGAUAGAUAUAUAAGAAGGGGAAUCAGGCAGAGAGAACUCAGGAGAAGAAGCCGUCUCUCAGAAGCAAGCCAUCAUUCUGAAGGAUUCUCAGAUGCUUCUGGGACAGACCGAGCCAAAAGAAGUUCGGUCCAAAGGCACACAUCCGUUGAAUCUAGAGAUAAUGCUACUAAUAUAAGUGAUAAUCAUUCGCAAUCUUCUAGUAGUGCAGCGAACAAUGUAAAUUGA